ACUGACGGGAGAUUGUUGGGCGUGACUGUCGACCCUCUUGCAGUUUCUCUCUUCUCCGUCUCCUCUUCCCAAAUCUCCUGAGCAGGACAUCAACCCUUCGUCAUACAAAUUCCCGCAGUCUGCAAAACCCUACCCCGCGUCACGCAACUUCAUAACCAAAACCAACAGUCAAAAUGGGUAUCUUCGAUGAGCUCAACCUUCCCGCUGGCGUCCUCUACGGUGAUGACGUCCUGAAGCUUUUCCAGUACGCUCGCGAGAAGCAGUUUGCUAUCCCUGCCUGCAACGUCACCUCCUCUAGCACUGCCGUCGCUGCCCUCGAGGCUGCUCGCGACCAGAAGGCUCCCAUCAUCCUCCAGACUUCCCAGGGUGGUGCUGCCUUCUUCGCCGGCAAGGGCAUCAAGGACUCUGCUGAGAAGCGCGAGGCUUCCGUCGCCGGUGCCAUUGCCGCCGCUCACUACAUCCGCUCCAUUGCCCCCAUCUACGGCAUUCCCGUUGUCCUCCACACCGACCACUGCGCCAAGAAGCUUCUCCCUUGGCUCGAUGGCAUGCUCGAGGAGGACGAGAAGUUCUUCAAGGCCAACGGCGUGCCCCUCUUCUCUUCUCACAUGAUCGAUCUCUCUGAGGAGCCCGUUGAGGAGAACAUCUCCACCUGCGUCAAGUACCUUAAGCGCAUGGCGCCCAUGAAGCAGUGGCUCGAGAUGGAGAUCGGUAUCACCGGUGGCGAGGAGGACGGUGUUGACAACUCCGAGGUUGACAACGCUUCUCUUUACACUCAGCCCGAGGACAUCUGGCAGAUCGAGGAGGCUUUCCGCCCUAUUUCUCCCUACUUCUCCAUUGCCGCUGGCUUCGGCAACGUUCACGGUGUCUACGCUCCUGGCAACGUCAAGCUCCACCCCGAGCUCCUUGGCAAGCACCAGGCUUACGUCUCCGAGAAGCUCGGUGGCAAGGACAAGAAGCCUGUCUUCUUCGUUUUCCACGGUGGUUCCGGCUCCUCCAAGGAGGAGUACCGUGAGGCUAUCUCCAACGGUGUCGUCAAGGUCAACGUCGACACUGAUCUCCAGUGGAGCUACCUCGUCGGUAUCCGUGACUACAUCCUCAACAACAUCGACUACCUGAGGAGCCAGGUCGGUAACCCCGAGGGCCCCAACAAGCCCAACAAGAAGAAGUACGACCCCCGUGUCUGGAUCCGCGAGGGUGAGAAGACCAUGAAGGCCCGCGUCGAGGAGGCCCUCAAGGACUUCAACGCUGCCGGCACCGUCUAAAUGGGAACUGGGAGAUAAUGAAAAUGGAAUGAUUUGAUGAGUACACUGCUUGAUUCCGUUCGUGUUUAUAGUGGUUGCCGGCCAUUGAGACUGGUUCCAUGGCGUGUCGGCUUUGCCGAUACUUGGACGUAUACUAGCAGGUUGGUUCACGGUGUUCCGGGGGGUUCAAGUUACCGGCUAUGAUGAUGUUAUGCUAGCCGGUUGGGUUUGGGGUGAUACCGAAAAGUAGUACAUACCCAAUUGAAAAGUUGCCUUUGAGCUUCUCCCAAGUCCGUACACGGACCCUUCAGUCAUGCUUGGUGGACAUGGAUCUUGUGCUCUCAUGUGGUGGAGUAUAUAAGGCCCAAGUCAGACUCUUCGGUCCAACAACGAGGCGCUUCCCUGCGCACGCAGUCUUUGACAGGUUAUGAGCAACCCAUUUGGCGCAGUGGUUCCGAUGUGAGCGGCGAACACCUCUCAGUGGUAGGAGGUUAUGAGUUCGACCCUCAGUUAAGGGCCAUCUGAUGCACACGCAUUUCUUUGUCUGAUGCUUUGUUCCAGACACCACUUUUCACAGGCUGUCCGACGACAGUUCUGCCCGCUUCCGCUGCCGAUGCAGUUUUUCAAUCCAUCGCUUUAACUACCUGCGUCAAUAACGCUGAGAACACCUCUUCAUCCUCAUUACCGGACGCGGUAUGGGGUUCUUUUUUUGCUUUUCUUUCUGCUUUGCUUUUUGUUGUUUUGGUUUCAAGGUCAACUUGUUUGGUGGGCAUGCCUCUGUGCACGAGACAGCUGAUGCCAUGCAAUGCAAUGCAGCAAGUUCAUGAUAUUUUGCACCAGGAUGCAAACAUGUUACACGAGAUUUGCUGCGUCUGGGCAGCUUUCCGUACCUAAGAAAUGCUAUCUGUCGAUUUGAUUGUUGGGAUGUUGCGGGUCUUGAUGGGUUCUGGCAACGCCAUUAAUAAUAUUUUCGAUUACCUACCUAGGAGAUGGGAUGGAAGACGAUGUAACUCAAACAGUCAAGUACGCCGAAGGCCAAAC